AUGGCCUACUCAUCGCGUCCCACAUCCAUGCUCCCGGGACCUGGAGCAUCUCUUCGAGGAGCUUCCCAGCCAACCUCCCAACAGUCUUCGGCCCUCUCCGCACGCAUUGCCGCCAAAAAAGACGAACUCGAAAACUUGCAACAGCUACGCGAUUUAAGUGGGACACUGGCUAUGCAGAUGCAAGCACUGGAGACCAAGGUCUCCACGCUGAAAGAUGGCACCGAAGCGGUGGCAUGUGUUUUGUCCAAUUGGGAUAAUGUUCUCCGGGCCAUCAGUCUCGCCUCCAAAAAAGCAGGCAGUCUGCCCGAUCUUGCCAGUUCCGAAACAAAAUCCGGGGAGGAUACUUCGAACGAGUCUCGUCUCCCUGCAACUCUGGUCCGGAUACCUGCUGAGCAACGUGAGAAGACCAAUGAUGGGCUCACCCUCCGGUCGCUCGAUGUGGAGACACUAACCUCCCACAAUCUCCUUCCACCUUGA